AUGCCUCUUCCUCCACCCCCGCCGCCUGCUCCACCCGUGGAGAUGCAGACAAGAACGGCCGAGGAUGAGGCCAGAGAAACCGCUGUUCUCGCUCGGGUAGAGACACUACUUCAGAAGCGCAAUCAAGAACCCCGCAUUGAGUACGAGGACUCACCGUUCUCGAAACUGGCGAAGAUAUUCAAGGAACAAGAAGUCCAAAACGAACGGGAACGUGCCAAUGCAACAGCUGAGGUGUACAUGAAGCAGAUGCAGGAUGCCCAUGAAAAGGACGAGGAGAAAAUGAAGCAUCUCGAAAGUCUCGUAGCAGCUCAAAGGGCAGAGCAAAAGCGCAUGGAGGUUAAGUGGAAUGAGGAAAGGAAGGCUAUGGAAGUAAGAGCAACUCAACAAGCCCAACAGACGAGGGAUCUGGCAGCGAAACAGAUUGCUGCGGCACAGUCGGCUAAGGAAGUAGCUCAAGUAGCUCUCAACACUGAGAGGCUGGAAGCCGAGAAGGAGGCACGGAGAAAAGCCGACGCCAUGGUCAUAGCGGAAAGACAACGAACCGACGAAGUGCACAGGUCGCAAUUGCAGCGUUACGAAGAGCUACUUCAUGGGAUACAAGAGCGGCAAUUGAGCUCAGAGCAAGAAAACGAUCAGACCAUAAGACGGACUCGCAUAGCCGAAGGCAAUCGCAGCGUGGAUGUAACAGAAUAUGCGACAAGCAGACGACCUCCGCUUACAGCAUCUUCUUCCACCCCAUUCUUGGACAGUUUCGCGCGCCUGGACAUGAGGCCGAGCUAUCGCGAUCGUCCCCAAAGAACUUCUCGUCGUGACAGCUUUCGCAGUUCCAUGGGCUCAAUGCAUGCUUCGCGUACUUCAUUAGGAAGUACAGCCACGUUGGAAAGUAACUCACCGUCUCAGCAGAUGAUCGUCUUCCCCGUCAAAGCCGACAGACGCUCUCAAAAGAUGGACAGGCUGCAAAAGUCGUUGGCUGGGUUUGGAAUUGAAUCUGUCUUUGAAGACGCUGAAGACCAUCCGUUUCACACCAGUCAGCUCAUCCAAUAUAAUCACGACAAUACGGAUGACCAGAUUGUUAGGAGUACUAUCUUUUGGGAGUCGUCGGCGCUUAAUCUAGGAAGCGAGCUUCUGCUGACCAUGAGGCAAGCCGGAUGGAGGACACCCUACACUCCAUCAGGCAAAGAAUCGAUCACUAUUCAGAAAGCCCUUGUGGAAGAGUAUGCGCUGAUCGAGCUUGGCUUCCAAUUUCAGACCAACGAUAUGGGUUUAUAUAUUCUCGACGGUAGAUUGACAUAUAACGACAUCGAGACAGUCAUUGAACGAUCGUUCCUCAUGAGAGAAAACAACUAUCGGCGCCUCCACCGUCAGCUACAAUGGCAUUUCGAUAAGGAUCCCGAAGUACCCUUGAGUGCCUACCCGGCAACGUAUGCGCCAUCAGUGCACUCCGUACCUUCCGUGUACUCGGGUGAGAACUCCACUGUCUGCGACGACACAGAUGCAGAGACGCGAGGCAAGAAGAGCCCCAGUUCGGCGGGCUCCGAUGCCGAUCAGUCCGAUAUUGGCGAUGUCAGCAAAUUCCUUGUUCCUCGAUCUGGAGCAUCGAGAAGUUGCGCAGGUGUUCUCCCGCUAGCCCAUGACGCAAUUGGCAUCCCGAGAAUCGGUAUCAUUCCGAGGCAACACCCAAAACUUCGUAAGCAUCGCGCCUUCUACAAGCUACCCUGUAAAUUCUGCGCUGCAUCUCCCACGCGCAUUCUGUACAUGCGCUUCAAGCACUUCCUCGCCCUCUCAGACCCACGUCUUUACACCCUCGCCAACUUCCGCGUCCGCUCACAUUGGCGCACCAUGGCCGCCGCCCCGCCCCCAGAUCGCCCGAUAAAGCUAUUGAUGCUUCACGGGUACACGCAAUCCGGAUCACUAUUCCAAGCCAAGACCGGCGCACUGCGCAAGACAUUACAAAAAGCCUUCCCCAAAGGCAUCGAACUCGUAUACCCUACUGCGCCGAUACGUUUAACACCCGCCGACGAAUCGUUCCUAGCGGGAAACACAAGUAAAGAUGGCGAGGGCAAAGAUGCAAAGGACGGAGAGGAGCAGGUAAUCGACGCAUGGGCUUGGUGGAGAAGGAAGGGCACAGGAGAACCAUACACAUACGAAGGCAUGGAGCAAGGGUUGGAGCGCAUCGCAAGCGUGUUGAAAGAACAAGGUCCUUUUGACGGUGUCGUGGGAUUCUCACAAGGUGGAGCCGCGGCAGCUAUGGUCGCGAGUUUGCUCGAGCCAGGCCGUCGCGCCGCGUUUGAGAAGCUGUAUCCUGAGGGCGGCAUGAGGUUCCCAGAGUCUUUUGAAGAGGACACUGGGUACAUGGAGGGCACAAUACAUCCGCCGCUGAAGUUAGCGGUCAGUUAUAGUGGCUUCGCAGCGCGUGGGAAGAACCCUUAUCACGCGUUCUAUGAGCCUAAGAUCAAGACACCGAUGCUGCAUUUCCUGGGUACGCAGGAUGUCGUGGUUGAGGAGGCGCGGAGUCUGGCAUUGGUCGAGGCCUGCGAGCACAACGCGGAGAAGUACGUUGUGUACCACCCUGGGGGUCACUUCCUUCCAAGCACGCAAAAAGCCAGCGUCAAUGCGUUGAUUGGGUUUAUCAAGGAAGUUUUGCACGAACAGCAGGGUGGUGGAAAGAAGGAAGAGGAGAGUGUUGAGGAUAUGGAUGUGCCGUUCUAA